GAAGAGGAGGGAGGAAGGGGGUGAGGGAGGUAUAGGAGGAGACUUAACUUACUUCACAGAGGAACAGGAGCCUCAGAGCAAUUCAAAAACAGCUGUCAGGCAGACAUCCCAGUCGACAGAAGUGCAGCCCCAAGGCAGAGAUCUGAGGCAAGGCAUCCGACAUAAGAGAAUCCACUGAAGACAAACACACAGAAGAGCAAUGAGAGUGCUCUACCUGGAGAGGAUCGAGCUUUACUGAGAAGACAACAGUGCUAAUUGGAGUCCUAUCGCUGCAGUUGUUGGAAGACUGGUGAUACCUGCAUGGACAACGUAAUACUGAGAAUGUAACGCAAGAUUCUCCUUGGGGAUCUGUCAUCAAGAAGUUGUAGACCUACUACCUGAGCCUACUCCCACAGCCAUGCCAGCAAAAGCGCCAAUAUACCUGAAACCCACCAACAGUAAGAAGGGGAAAAAAUGUCGCCUGCGCGAUAUUUUGUCACCAGACAUGAUCAGUCCGCCACUAGGCGAUUUUCGGCAUACCAUUCACAUCGGCAGAGGUGGACAGAGGGAUGCCUUCGGAGAUAUGUCUUUCCUCCAAGGAAAGUAUGAGCUCUUGCCGGGGAAGGUUGAUUUCCAACCUCAGUACGGUGUCCAAAGUGAGUUUCUACGAGCAAACAGUACAGGCGAUGCUUCCUUUGCUGACACCCCAUCUCCUGUUCUCAAGAAUGCCAUCUCCCUCCCAACCAUUGGUGGCUGUCAGGCACUUAGCUUACCGUUGAUCUCCUCGACAGUAUUCUCGAUGCCCCCACAACCGCUAGGGGACAUAAUGGGGCCUUCAUCCCCCGUGAAACCUGACAGUAUUGAAGAUGUAGAGAUCCUGCAGAUGGAUGCUUUGUUGCACUCAAUGGACAACUUCAGUAGCAAGGCAUCUCCUCCCUUCAGAGACAUCCAGUCAAAGCCUGACGUCCUUUUGGAUCUCCUGGAGAACAUGAAAAAGCCUAACUCAAAAGCAGUUAUCAAGACUAACAUAGCAAACAAAAAAGAGAGCAGGAUUGAGAAGCAAUCCACUUAUUACAUCACUGGUCAUAGCAACACCAGCUACAAAGCUAACGGAAGCCUUCACAGCAAUACAAGCAGUGACAGCUUUGAAAGUUAUGCGAGAGAGAACUACAAAGCCAAAAUUUACAACGACAAGAGUAGUCUCAUUGACGAGAACAACGGUUCAGGACAUUUUUGCAAAAACAUUAACCUGGAAUUCAAGCAGGAGCUCUCAAAGUGCAAUGGAGAGUGGGUGGAUAGAGACAGUGGGGUGGAGGAGGGCCGGACCUGUGAUUUUGACAUUGAGUUUUCCAACGAGAAGAGCGCAUCACAGGAGUCCCUCACCCGAAUCACAGGGUCCUUGUUCUCCCUUGAACUUGAUCUGGGCCCAUCCAUCCUGGAUGAUGUGCUCGACAUAAUGGAUAAACCUGCAGUGAAAAGCAGGCCUUGAGCUGCACUAAGGCCCUUGGAGGAGAAAGGGAAUGAUCCAAUGAACAACCUCAAGCCAGGAGGAGACAAAGGACUACUGUAUGUGAGCUACGUUGGACAGAGUUGCCUAUGUUUUCAUUACCAAAACAUAUAAAUAUUUUGGCUUCUAUGGAGUGUUUUUUUUUUGGCCUUGCCGGCAUGUUCAUAUGCAUGUAGUACUGAGUUACAGCAUUAUGCCUUUAAUCUUCAUCUAUCCAUCCAUCCAUUUUCUGCACUGCUUAUCCUCACCAGGGUCGCGACUCGCGAAUGUGCUGGAGACCCUCCCAGAUGACUUUGGGCGAGAGGCCAUUUUAUAAAUAUUCCACAUGUUUUUCUUUUUCAGAUUUGAGUGGCAAACACUGUUUUUGUGGGUUCAACAAAGCACUCUUUGAUUUUGUCUCCAAUAUCUGCCUCUUUUAUGACAGAGUAUUGUGCAUAUUGUGGUUUUGAAUUUUAACACAAAUAAAAGAGUUGUUUUUUUCUGA